AUGAAGCUACCUCAGAUUUACCUCGAGUACAACAUAUGGCUGUGUUCUGUCUAUGACGUGACAUCAUUUCUUGAAGAGCACCCGGGAGGAGACGAUGUGCUUUUAACGGCAACAGGGAAGGAUGCGACUUUCGAAUUUGAAGACGUGGGGCACAGUGAUGAUGCACAAAUGCAAAUGAAGAAUUUCCUUAUCGGCCAUAUUGAUGAGUCUACUCUCCCAGUCAUCAAACAGAACUUCAAUGUCGCUGGCACUACUACCGCGGGUGCAGUCCGGGAGAAUCAGAGCUCGGGUGGGGACUCAUCCAAGAUUCUGCUCUUUGUGCUGCCGCUUUUGAUACUUGGGGUCGCGUUCCUUAUGCGUAUCUACUCUCAAAAGGAAUGA